AUGGUAAUGCAGCAAGGCCAGCCCGAAAUUACCGAAGCAGACGUCGUCGAUUUGGUCUACCUUCUCUCAAAGCGAAUCGACCCAAAGUUGGCCCGCUACAUAGAGAAAUGGAAAGGGGGAGAGCCCAGAAUUUGCAUCAAAAAUAGGGAUAAGUCGAAAGUCAAGACUGGAUUUUGUCCUGUGGAAAGGACACUACCCACGUGUGUGUCGAAGCCUUCCAUGAGGGCGGCAUCUACGUUUGUGCCGACGUGCAAGACCGCGUCGUUCCCUGUAGCAAAGUCAGAAACGAAGUCUCUGCCGAAGCCCACGCCCAGUUGCAAGCUGAGGUCCAAGCACUACCUGUAG